AUGCGGUGCAGUCUCCGUGUCUGCUCGCACACCUCAGUGAGGUGCCGGAGGAAGCAAUACAACGGCACGCGUGCUGCCCUCCAGUUUGUCACGCCGCUGCUGAUCGAUGCUCUCCAUGCGACUUCCUCCUCGCCACUGGACGUGCGACGCAAGGAGUUGGCGUCGGCGCUGGUGGGUGUUCCACCGUCUCUGUCGCAUGAGGGCCCACUCGCUUGUAGUCAUUUACAGGCCCUUGCAGGCCUUUGUGAGGGGGAUUUGCUCCGCUUGCUGUCUGAAACCUUUUGCGAUGUUUUGGAGGCGCCACCGACUUCACAUGUGGCAGAGAUGUGGUCUUCUUCCUUGCAGGAGACGUACGUGCGCGAGUUGGCGCGUGCGCGCGCUGCGGAGAGCAAUCGAUCAUUUCCCCGGCGAUUCGAGGCUGGAAUGACGGCCCACCACGUGUUUAGUGGCGCCGUUAAAGACGCCUGCGCAGUUGGCCGCGAAGAGCAAAUCAGGAGAGAAGAGGACGUGGAACAGGUCGGGGCCGGGCGGUGGUCUCAACUUAUUGACGACUACACGCUGAUGCUGCCGGACCGCUCCCCGCUUCACGAGUUGGAGAAUUUGCCGCAGGAGAUUGGCAUCGGUGAACUGCUGGCGUCGCUUUUUUCUUGGAUGGGUGACGAAAAGGAGGAAAUUCAGACGAUCAUGGAUGUUGGCGGUGGCAAUGGGUUUCUCGCAGCCCAAUUAGCGGAAAUAUUUCGCUGCGAGUCAAUCGUUGUGGAUCCCUUCACCCCAAAACAUGCCAUUGACAAUGGCGACUUUCCGCACUGGGUGGAACCGUCGAGGCGCCGGCCACGUGUUCCGCGUCAACAUCCACUGUGCCGCAUUCGUCAGCGUCUCACUGAUGUCAACUGGAAAUCUACCCCGCUAAAUUUUAAUCGUUGUACUAUGAUUGCGAAGCAUCUGUGCGGGACUGCUAUCGACACAUGCAUAAACCACCUGCAGUUUGUUGAUAGGCUGCCUCGCAUCAUGGUGCUUGUUCCCUGUUGCUUCAACAAGGGCAAUUUCGUGGAGUACUGCAACCCCGUAUACCUCCACAGCGCAGCCGGUGUGAAGACGGAGAUGGCCUGGAACCGUUGGACGCGGCUCACAGAUUGGAAUCAAUCGAGCUACCAGCAAUUUACCGCCUCUACGCGUCCAGUGAAACGCUGCAGCGACCCGGUGAAAAUGGGGCAUCAAAAGAUGAAAAAGUUGCAACAUUUUUUGCCAUGCAUGGAUGACAUUGCCUUCGUGGCAGAGGCGGUCAUCAACCACGGACGUGUACUUUGGCUUCGACAGUUGGGGUAUCAUGCCCUCACCGUCUCGUACGUUCCUCGUUGCGUCACGCCAAAAAAUCGCGCCAUUGUCGCCAUUCGUGACGUCAAACCCGUAGCGCAACAUUUGCAGAGGGGAGUGUAA